UCACACACACAAGGAAGGGCACACGGCUCUGGUCUGCCAGAACACACACACCUACACACACCUACACAUACACACCCAUACACACCUACACACACCCACACAUACACACCUAUACACACCCACCCACUCUCUUCCCGGCACCCUGAGCAAUCUCUCACCAUUGGCCAGGUCCCCUAGCCCUCAGCAUCUCCAUCACGGCUGAAGGGACCAUUCAAGAAAACAGGAGACAGAGGUGGACUAUGAGGAUGUUGGCGAGCCUCAUAUUGGGACUCUUCGUCCUCAACGCAGUGGUGGCCAACCCCAGAUUUGCCCGGCAGGUGGAAUUAGACACGUACGACAGCGCCAACUAUGAUGUGGAUCUAGAAAACUUGAAUUUGGAGAAUCGGGAUGUCUAUGAUUUUGAAGAUGGACUGACUAUUGACGAACCUCAGAUAGAGAUUGGCACACUGGCCCCACCAAAUUAUAACUACCCUGGCCCUGGGGGCCCUGCUUCACUGGAGGAGGAAGAGGAGGAGGAGGAGUUGCCCCUAAGACCCCAGCUCAUCCCCCAAGGCUCAGGGGGGUCUGGGGUACUCAUGGGCCCCGACGCACAGGGAGAGGAGGAGCUGCGCCUGAGUCCCAUUGACAUUCUUCAUAUCUCCGGGGACUUUGGGGGUUCUACGGGUUCUGGAGGUUCCGGUGGCUCUGGGGUUUCCGGAAGUUCUGGGGGUUCCGGAGACCUUUUGGCUUCUGGUUCUGGGGACCUUUUGGCUUCUGGAGGCUCAGGGGGUUCCAGGGAAAUUGGUUCAGCAGGUUCUGGGGAUCUUGGUUCUGGGGGUUCCAGGGUCCUUGGUUCCGGAGACUCUGGGGGUUCCGGGGACCUUGGAUCCGGAGGCUCUGUGGGUUCCGGAGACCUUGGAUCCAGACACUCUGUGGGUUCCGGGGACCUUGGAUCCGGAAGCUCUGUGGGGUCCGGGGACCUUGGUUCUAGAGGAUCUGGGGGUUCUGAGGACCUUGGUUCUGGAGGCUCUGGGGGUUCCCUGGGCUCUGGAGGUUCUGUCACCCUCCUAGGCUCAGGGGGUUCCAGGGACAUAUUGGGUUCCAGUACUGGGGGUUCCGGAGGUUCUGGAGGUUCCGGGGACUCAGGAAUAAUAAUUAUAUCUGGAGAGGAGGAGCUGCACCUCAUUCCUGACACUACCCCCCAGGAGGCAUCGGGUGCUUCUGGGGAGUCCGGGGCCUCUGGUACCUCAGGGGUCUCAGGGCCUGGGAGCUCCGACUCUGGUGGGUCAGAGGUCACAUUAAUCCCUGACCCUGAAGAAGAGGAGGAACUGCUCCUGACUACUCCGAAAACCCCUCAGGAGUCUGGAGGUACAGUAGGCUCAGGGGGCUCUGGGUUGCCAGAGGUUGACUUGGACAUUAAAGGUAUGCCUACCUGCCUGCUGUGCACCUGUCUGGGUGGUUCUGUCUACUGUGAUGAUGUGAAGCUGACCAGCGUGCCGCCUCUCCCCAAAGAGACCACUCACUUCUACGCCCGCUACAACCACAUCACCAAGAUCAACAAGGGCGACUUCGCUCAGAUGAACAAGCUGAAGAGGAUCGACUUGACCGCCAACGAGAUUGCAUCCAUCGCUGAUGAUGCGUUCUCCGGCCUGCCCGUGUUGGAGGAGCUGGUGCUCCGUGAGAACGGCGUGUCACAGCUGCCUGCCCUUCCGCCCGUGAUGACCCUCAUCGACGCCAGCCACAACAACAUUGGCGCCACAGGCAUCCACAAAGAGGCUUUCAAGGAUAUGACAGGUCUGCUGUACCUGUACCUAACAGACAACCACAUCGACCACAUCCCUGUGCCCCUACCGGACAGCCUGCGCUCUCUGCACCUACAGCGCAACAACAUUCAGAUGAUACACGAGGACACGUUCUGCAACCUGAAAGACUUCAACUACAUCAGGAACGCACUGGAGGACAUUCGCCUGGACGGCAACCCCAUCAACCUCAGCAGGACCCCACAGGCCUAUGUGUGUCUGCCCCGCGUCCCCAUCGGAGCCCACAUCUAACCACACACUGAUCAAUACACACACAUUUUUACACAGCUCAACUCAUUGUCUACGAGACAUAUGUACAUACCAUACACACACUUACCUACUGGACAGAUCCUAAAAGUUGUCCAGUCUCAGUUCAAUUGCAAUCUGCACAUACAGUAAACACCGGAACACAGUAUCUACCAAUCUUGCCUAAUUUAAGUCUGAUCAGUUGUUUACAUUUACAUUACAUUUAAGUCAUUUAGCAGACGCUCUUAUCCAGAGCGACUUACAAAUUUGGAAAGUUCAUACAUAUUCAUCCUGGUCCCCCCGUGGGAAAUGAACCCACAACCCUGGCGUUGCAAGCGCCAUGCUCUACCAACUGAGCCACACGGGACCACAGUUGUUGAUUGCAUACAUAACACACAGUGAGCGAAAUGGUGUGUAUCUCUCAUUCCUACACACACACACACACACACACAAAUACACACCAGAUAAUUUUGUCAAAAGCCAAACUGUUCAGCAACUUGAAGCAAACAAAAAGACAAUGAAAAUGUGACAUUUUAUUGAUCCAACAAACAUUGUUUAAUGUCUGUUCACGACAACCAGUAAUAUUGUUUAAAUAUGUUUUUGUAAAGGGGGAAAAAUUAUAUUACAGAAAUCUAACACUAUUUAAAAAAAACAAUUAUACUAACAAACGAAUUGAAGCUUACUGGAACGCUAAAUUGAAUAUCAAUGCAAUAAAAGCAAUUAAACAAGCAUUUGUAAAGUCUGUACUGUAAUAUAAAAAUAUAUUCUGAAGUCACUUUUUUUUUACAUGAACUGCAAUAUUUGGCAUAUUACAUUUCAAAGUUCUUGUUAUGACCACAAUAGCCUAUAUCAAUAAAGAUCAAGACUAUUGUAUGACUGGGGAGGGGUUUCUGUUGGUUGUGGAUGGGGUUAACAAGAGGAAACAGCCUGCUAUUGUGUGCUUUGUAUGGAAAUACCACAAUUGAAUAAAGUUGUUUUGAUGACCUCAAUGGCUUAACAUUUUAAUUGAGAAUUGACCGGUAAGGUGUGUAACUGCAAACUGAUUUUGAAAUGAACUGAUUGAGUACAACUGUUUAGGCAGUUAAUGUUCAAA